UGGAGAUGACGGGCAUGGCCGCGUCGGUUCGCUUGGUGCAGAUCGGGAACGCUUCGCUCCGGUGGCAGAUCCUGCCCUGCGCCAACUGAAUCGGAGGCGGAGAGCAACGACCUCAAUCGCCCGCACUGUCCAAUCUGCCCAAUCCCGUCGGUCGAAGGUGGAUAACCUCUCUCUCUACCUAGCAUAUUACAUGAUCCUCGCUGCUACCACAAAUAAUUUAUGACCAAUUCAACUUCCUGGCUCCAGAGAUAACAACUUAAAACCUUUUCCAACCUUUGGUCAGUUAGAAGAGGUUAAGGUGAUGCUUGUGGUCCAGUGCAAAUCUCUCUGGUGGAGAACAUCUGGAGGUAGCAGCUUCAAGAAACAACAGCAAGUCACAUUUAAAGGGCACUGUCAAUUGGAGGCAAUCAAACUCAGUUCAAUGGCUCGAUCAUUGCUGAUAACGGAAGAGGUUGUGGUGAAGGCUGUGAAGUGAAUGACAAUUAGCAUCUCUCUGCUAAGAUUGGAUCUCCUCCAAGCUUUGCACUGCUCCCAUCUCAACCGUUCAUCCAUUAUCUCUUUUCUCCAGGUAUGGGUCCACCAUGGAUGAACGGUUGAGAUGGGAAUUGUACGAUUUUAUUUACCCUGCAUGAAUUGGAGAGCAUCUGCCACGGAGUAGAUUCUCCUCAUCCCGUCUCGCUCCUCUCUUUCCCUCGGUUCUCCUCCCCAUGCCUCCCUCCCUCCAAAAUGACGUCGCCGCCUCCAGCUUCUCUCUCCGCUGCCCCUCUCCGCUUCCACCUUCUCGCCUCUACAAUUCAACUUUCCUUUCCACCCAAGUGCUGUCCGGUUGCAGCCCGCAACCUCUCCAUCCGUCGGCGCUUUCGAUCCUCCUGCGCUUUUGCCUCCCAUUCUCCUCCGCCCUCUGCCGCUAGCCAGGCGUCCAGGUUGCAGCGAUGGGACACGCUCACUGCCAGGUUCGCCGGGGCGUCCAACCUCCCUUUCCUCCUCAUUCAGCUUCCCCAGAUCCUCCUCAACUAUCGCAACCUCGUCUCCGGCAACAAGGCCGCCCUUCUCGCCGUCCCCUGGCUCGGGAUGCUGACGGGACUUCUCGGGAACAUGACCUUGUUGUCCUACUUCGCCAAGAAGAAGGAGGUGGAGGCGAUCGUGGUUCAGACGCUCGGCGUGGUGUCGAUCUAUGUCGUCCUGGGGCAGCUUGCGAUGGCCGAAGCCAUGAGCCUUCCGUACUUCGCUGCCAUAUCAGUGCUCGUAGUGUCCGGGCUUGUCUUGAACUUUGUGAACUACUUUGGCUGGCUUCAUGAGGGGUUGUGGCAACUUUGGGAGGACUUCAUUACGGUGGCUGGGAUCUCUGUUCUGCCUCAGGUGAUGUGGUCUACGUUUGUUCCAUUCAUUCCAAAAAGCAUCUUGCCAGGAACAAUAUGUUGCAUUAUAGCAGUAGGGGCUAUCAUUUUGGCACGUCUGGGAAAACUUUCGGACAGGAUGGUGAAAUUCAUCAGGUCAAUAUCUGGAUGGACAGCCACUCUACUUUUUAUGUGGAUGCCUAUUGCACAGAUGUGGACAACUUAUCUCAAUCCAGAUAACAUCAAAGGCUUAUCAGCUUUCACUAUCUUGCUUGGCAUGAUUGGGAAUGGUCUGAUGAUUCCUCGUGCACUAUUUAUCCGUGACCUGAUGUGGUUUACUGGUGCAUCUUGGGCUUCGUUUCUGCACGGGUGGGGUAAUUUGGCCUGCAUGUACUAUUUCAAGAGUAUCAGUUGGAAGUUUUUCUUAGGAGCAACACUCAGCUUAUUCAUAUGGACAGGAAUAGCCCUCUGGAGAGAUACCAAAGCUUAUGGAUACAGUUCACCCAUGAUAUCUCUGCAAGAACUGGUUUCAGGAACUUGAUGUGCAAGGUUUUGGCACCUGAUGGUUCUCCAUAGAAAUCAAUCCCAAACUCCAUGGCUCUCAUGCUCUGCCAGUUUACCAAGCUAUUCAGCACUGCUGUGUCCUGUGUCAAUCCCAUUGGAGCCACAGAGGGUCAGGCUAUAUGAAGAUAUGUUGUCUGAUUGUAUUCAGGUGUAUUGUAAACAUGUUUGCCAAUUAUACACAGUGCCUGUGUAAAUUGUAGUGUACAGCUUUAAAUUACAAUCAUGUUCUGUUGAGAUAAAUUAGAAGAAUGGAUAUCAUUCAAUCAUA